AUGAAGCGCAAGGCCGACACAAGAGACAUUCAGAAUGGCAAUGGCCAUCCGGAUUCGAAAAAACGAGCAUUGUCGAGCGAGGAAGUGGCUGCGCGCUUCCGCGACGGUCUCUUCAAGUCCGCUGAGCAACAGAAGUAUACCAAGGCAUAUGCUCAGUCCGGCCCUUACAAGCAUGGAGUCAUUUAUCCCUUGAUCGAGCCCUCCCUGUUGCGAUCGGUGCGAGAGGAAAUCCAGCAGCACCUCGACUUCACUGAGAAGGAAACCGACAUCUACAAGAUCUUCCAGUCCGGCGAUCUGGCAAAUCUGGACGGAUUGGACGAUGCCUCAUUGUCGAAGCUGCCCUCCCUGCUCAAGCUCCGCGAUGCUAUGUACUCUGCCCGCUUCCGCGAGUACCUGUCGGCCGUGACCGGCUCGGGAAAGUUGAGCGGACGCAAGACCGACAUGGCGAUCAACAUCUACAACGAGGGAUGCCACCUGUUGUGCCACGAUGAUGUGAUUGGAAGCAGACGUGUGAGCUAUAUUCUUUAUUUGACGGACCCGGACACCCCGUGGCAGGCAGAAUGGGGUGGUGCGCUCCGCUUGUACCCUACUACCACCAAGAAGGACGUGAACGGCGAGGACGUCAAAGUGCCCAGCCCGGACUUUACUCUGAGCAUUCCUCCAGCCUUCAACCAGCUCAGCUUCUUCACUGUACAACCUGGUGAAAGUUUCCAUGACGUCGAGGAAGUGUAUCACUACAAGGAGGGCGAGGAUAAAUCCGUUAAGCGCGUGCGCAUGGCCAUCAGCGGAUGGUUCCAUAUCCCGCAGAAAGGAGAGGAUGGAUACGAGGAGGGCCUGGAGGAGAAAUUGGCGGAGCGCAGCAGUUUGGCGCAGCUGCAGGGUCGCGGUGACAUUUACGAUUUGCCGCAGCCCAAGCCAGUCGAAUGUGAAAAGGAGCCCGAGGUCAAGGGCAAGGGCAAGGCCAAGGUGGAAGAAGAACCCAAUUCCGAGUUCAGCGAGUCGGACCUCAACUUCCUCAUCCAGUACAUCGCACCGUCGUAUCUGACCCCCGACAUCGCCGAGGAGAUGUCCGAGACUUUCUCCAACGAAUCAUCCCUCAACCUCGACCGGUUCCUGUCGGACAAGUUCGCCGCCAAGGUGCGAGCCCACAUCGAAGAGCAGGAGAAGCAGCAGCUCCCCGAGUCCUCCGACGAGAUCCAAGCCAAGACCGAGUGGACAGUCGCUCGGCCGCCGCACAAGCAGCGCUAUCUGUUCCAGCAGCAUUCGACCGCCGCGAAGGACCAGAAGACCCCCAUUCAGGAGCUUCUGCACGACUUGUUCCCGUCUCCGGCGUUCCGGAAAUGGCUGGCCCUGAUCACCGGCGCCGACCAUAUCACCAGCUACAACCUUCUGGCCCGCCGCUUCCGCCGCGGACAGGACUACACCCUUGCAAGCGGCUACGACGGAGAAGAGCCCCGGUUGGAGUUCACCUUCGGCCUCACGCCCACUCCCGGAUGGGAAAAGGAAAGUGACGAGGACGAGGAUGAAGACGAGGAUGCGGAUGAGGAGAAGGGCGAGUCGAAGCAGAAAGAAAAGACCAAGGAGGCCGACGAGGCCGACGAGCCCGCUGUGGGCGGAUACGAGAUCUACAUGGCCGGCGACGACGAGGACGACGGCGACGCGGCGAUCUACAAGUCCGCAGCGGCAGACGAGGACGACGGGAUCCUCUUCAGCACGGCGGCUGGGUGGAACCGGCUGAGCAUCGUCCUGCGCGACAGCGGGACCCUCAAGUUCGUCAAGUACGUCAGUGCCGCGGCCAAGGGCGACCGGUGGGAUAUCAGUGGCGAGAUGGGGGUGGACUUUGGCGAUGAGGAUGAGGAAGAUGACGAGGGCGAAGACGAGGACAUGGAAGAUUAG